AUGAUACAUACAACACCUUCAUCUGGAACAAGUGAAACCUCUCACUAUUUACUUCCGAACCAAGGUAAUGAGAACAAUCGAAUAUUUUCCUCUCCUUCAUCAUUAGAAUAUUCUCUUUCAUCUCUGGGAAGUCAUAGUCCGCAGUUCUAUCACAGUCCACCUACGAGUCCUGAAUCUUUGAAUUUAAUGGAAAAUCAUAAUGAAAAUCAUCGACUAGUUCAAGAUCAACAUGAAGAUUUAAAAUAUUUGGACGAUAAUAGUGGACAACAUCAAUAUUCAAUGGAAACUGGUCAGAGUUCAAUAACAACAGAGAAUCAUCAUAAUAAUUGUGAUAGUUAUGAAGUUUCGUUGAAUAUUGAUGAUGGACACAUGAAUGGACAUGAGACAGAUGAGUUUAGAGUAGACACAGGUAUUCGGUCAGUGCUUAGACGAUUUUCGUGGCUUACACUUGGGUCCUCUUCGAGUACUACUCCAAGGAGUCGUCAUUCCAUUGGAUUACCCACAACCAACAAUUUAUUUAGUCCACCCAUUACAGAGACGAGAAAGUUCAGUAUUGGGCAAAAGCAACAUCCAAAUACGGCAUUCGUUUUGAUGAGUCCACAAAGUCCACGAACCACCACUCCAUCACCAACUACAAGCUCAUCAAGUAUGGCUCAUGAAUUGGAGCAGCAAAAUCAUGAAUCUGUGGAAACUCCAGUGUCUUCAUUGGUUGACCAAGAUAUUGCUCAAUCAGGAGAUGUUACUCCAGUUCAGUCCAACAAUUAUCGAGCAAAUACAUAUUCUCCACCUCCAUUCACCAGAACUAUUUCUGUAGUCUUAAACGACAUUACGAAUUCACCUGUUGGUGUCGAGAGAAGGAGACGAGAUUCAAUUGCCUCGAAUAAGAAAGUUAAUGAACGAGCUAAUAGUAUUGCAUACCGUACUUCGAAUAUCACCAAUCUGAUUAAUAACACGUCAUUCCACAGCACAAAGAAGCAACUUGAAAAGGAAAAGAAGAGGAGAGGAGAAUCAUGUUCCAAAUUUUGUCAUUCCUUCUUUACCAUUUCAAAUAUUUUGAUGGGAAUUUUCAUUUUGCAAGCAAUUGUUUGCUUGAUUUUUGGAAUUUCAAUUAUGAGAGCUGGUGGUGCCAUUUUGGAUGUGAAAAUUCGUGAAUAUCAAUUCUUACAAAUCAGGGCAUUUGUAGAGGAACGUAUCAGUAGCUUCACCUCAAAAUACACAACCAUGACUAAUCACAUGAUGGAAGGUUUGAAGGGAAUUCCCAUCAAUGAUAAUGUUGCCCUUCUGAGAUUCUUUGAUUAUGUAGCAAUUACCUUUGGAACUGAUACCUCACUGAAUCGAAUGGAAUUCUAUAGAAUGGAUGAUUCAUUCUCCAUGCUUAGAGAUUUCAAUAAUGGAAAAUCUGUAAUUUCAAUCAAUUCCAUUUCGAAUCCAUCCAUGUUUUCGACCUAUUUGUGGCCUAAGACUCUUACUUUUGUGGAGAACCCAAAUGGAUACUAUGCCUCUUCAAGUGAUACUUCCUAUUCGAUUUAUAAGAAUUACAUGUAUGGACCCAUACUCGAAUUGAACGAAAUAUUUAACAAUUCGGCCGUGCUCAAUAAUUUUAUUCUCAACAAUCAGGAAGUAUUUUGUAAAUCACUCUCUAGCAAUAUUCCAUCUAAUUACAACAAUUUCAAAUGGGUACCAAGCAAAUCCAUUCAAAAUUCGAGUAUUUUCCUGCAUUAUCCAGUUUAUAUCAGUAACAAUUACAAUCAUACCAUUGUGUCUCCCAAUACGAGAAAGAUGUUCAUUGUAAAUUCAGAUCAAAAUUUGGAGAAUAGCUACUUGUUUGGAGUUUUCAGUUUGCACUUUUCAAUUGAUAGAUUUACAACCUUGUUAAAUGUUCAGAAUGAGAGAUUCUACUUGCAAUCCGAGUAUUCUUCAAAUACAAGUUUUAUCAUGAAUACGUGGGGUGAUAUUUUGGCUACUAGAGGAGAUGGAAACGAAUCUCUACACAAUAUUCAACUCAUUUACAAAACCAUCAUGAAACAUGGUCUUAAAAAGAAUUGUGAAGUUGAGAGUGAAGUUAUAGACAUUCCAAAUACUAGAUUGACUGCUAGAUUGUCGUAUACUUGUGAUGGUCAUGGAUUGAAUUUGGUAUUGGUUGUUGAAAUGGACAAUUCAGAUUCUUUCAUUCCUCUAUUAUUGGCAAAUAAUUCAAUUCUUUCGUUUGUGGCAUCAUUUUUGCUGAUUAUCGUGUCUAUCAUUGUAAUGAUUGCAGUUCUGAGAGCUCUCAAUACAUCAAUGGAACGAAUGUCGAAGAAAUUACACAGAAUUACAAGACUAAAACAAAGGGAAAGCGAGGGAGGCAAAUCAUUCAGUCAAAUCAUUUCAGAUUUCUUCCCAAACACGUCAAUGACUGUUUUCUAUGAAGUGAGAGAAAUUGAAAAUCUAAUCAUGUUAUUGGGUCAAGGAAUGGAUGCUUUGAAAAAGUUUCUUCCCGAACCGUUUGUUAAAGAGAUUAUACUAUCAAAACCACUGCCUUUCAAUGUUGCAACAAAGAAGCACUUGACAAUCUUGUUUUGUGAGCUGGCAGGUUGUGAUAAGAUGGCAGAUACUAUUGAUAUUCCUCUCUUUUUGGAAAUGAUUACAGAGUACAGUUCAAUAAUGUGUAAAAUCAUUCAGGAUCAUAAGGGUAUGAUUGAUCGAUUUGAUGGAGGAACAGCCAUGUGCUUAUUCUCCUUCCAGGAUAACACUUUAAUUCCAACUGAACAAAAUCAAGAAGUAAAUGCAUGUCAUGCUGCCAUGGAUAUCAUUUACAUGAUGGAGGAUUUCAAAACCAAGUGGCAAAAACGUACAGGGCAUCCAAUUCACAUUGAGAUUGGAAUUAAUUCUGGAGAGAUUUAUUAUGGAAAUUUCAAUUGCACUGAUUCUAGAUCAAGUUAUUCAGUGCUCGGUGCAAGCUUAGAUAUUGCCUCUACUUUGCAACGUUUCAAUUUUUCAUACUCUACACAGGUUCUCAUUGGAGAGGAGACAUUCUUGAAAGUUAAGGAUAUUUUCGUGUGUUAUUUUGUGGAUUUGGUGAGAUUUUCUGGCUACAAGAAAAGGAGGGGAAUGAAAAUAUAUUCAUUAGAAUGUCCAGUUCGAGAGAGCACCGAUUUGGAGAGGAAGAUUGCACUGGAUUUGGAACAAGUUCAGCAAAAAAUCAUGGAAAAGAGUUAUGCCUCUGCUUUGAGUUUAUGUGGACAAGUCAUGCUGUUCAAUGAUAGACCACAAGUGAGUUAUUUGCACAAUCGAUUGAGCCAUGCAAAAGAAGAGAGCGAAAAGGUGAUUCCCAAUGAUAAUGAUCUUUUUUCUACAGUGGCAAACUUUGGUAUUGAUCCAGAGGAGAUUUUAUCAUUCUUGUAA